UUAUAAACCCCACUUUGCCAUUUGAACUGCUUAUUUAUACAUGAUAAUAUAGAAUAAGAAAUAUGAUUUCUCUUUCCUUUCACUCUAUUCUCCGCAUUGGAAAUCAAUUAUAUAUGCGUAUAAAAAUAGGCUUAUUGAAAAGAGGAUUAAGCAAUCAUAUUCUCAUGUCUUAAGAAAUGAGUAAAAUUUUCUAAAUAGACGACAAUUUUUCCCCGACAGACUGUAUUUGUAUUUACGCAUACAUUAACAUAUUUUUGCUUUAUUUUACUUAUUUAUUUUCAAAUUAUUAUUUUGUCAAUUCAACUAUACACAAAAACAAAAUAUAUAAUAAUGGCUUCAUUAACACCUACAUAUAAUACAGCCUUUCCUGAAUUACAUUCUACAGGUCAUUUACAAACUAGACCACCAAAUCAACAUAGGCGUUCAUCUGGUAGCCAUAACUCCAUCCAACGUUCUUUAAUUCCGCCUAGAUUCCCCAGUUAUUUAAAGCAAACACUUUAUGGAAAACUAAUCAAAGAACAAUACGAAUAUUAUCAAACCAAGCAUGAUGUUAAAUCUUUGAUGAAUAACAAUACCCAUUUCUCGUCAACAAAUAAUCACAAAUCUAUUAUAACACGUUCAGAAGAAGAGCAAUGGAGUGAACUCGACUUACUUUUGCCUACUUGCUGGAAUCCAAAAGACAAGUCAAAGAAUAUAGAAGUGGGUAGUAAUGGGUUGGAUUUAACAUAUAUUGGUCCUGGAAAACAAGAAACACAUGCUGCAUUAGCUAGGGCUAAUUUUCCUAUGAGGCCUCAAUGUGGAUUAUUUUACUUUGAGAUGAGAGUUAUUUCAAAAGGUGAUGAUGGAUAUAUAGGAAUUGGAUUUUGUGCUGCGACCAAUAAACUUGAAAGGCUCCCAGGAUGGGAUCCUGAUUCUUGGGGUUAUCAUGGAGAUGAUGGACAUUCAUUCGCAGGUUCCGGUUCUGGUAAAGUUUAUGGGCCAUGCUUUACAACAGGAGAUGUAAUUGGAUGUGGUGUUAAUUUUGCUGAUAAUUCAGCUUUUUAUACAAAAAAUGGUAAAUUCCUCGGUAAUGCAUUUACAAAGAUAAAUUUGAAUAAACCAAUGUUUCCUGCCGUUGGUUUACGCACUCCUGGUGAACAAGUGACAGUUAAUUUUGGACAUGAAAAAUUCGUAUUUGAUAUAGAACAAUAUAUCAGAGAUCAGCAAUUGAAGUUUAUCAAUGAAAUAACUACAAAAAGUGAUAAUAUAAUUGAUACAACAAAAAUUGAAAUAAAAACAUAUUCUAAAGAAGUCAUGGAUCAGUUGAUUUUAUCCUAUUUAAUCCAUCAUGGUUAUACUGGUACUGCAAAAGCAGUUGUACAGAACGUCGGUCAUGUUUCUGGUCAGGAGCUCUUUUUAUCCUCUGACAAUAAAGAGAUAUCAAAAGAAAGUGAAAAAGAUAUGGAAGAAAGACAAUUGAUUCGUUCAGCUAUUAUACAUGGUAAUAUUGAUGAGGCAAUCGAACUGAUCAAUAAAUAUUUUCCUGGUGUCUUACAAGAAGAAGGACGUGGACAGGAAUUACAACUUGCAUUAAAAUGCGGCAAAUUCAUUGAAAUGAUGCGUGAAUAUUGUGAAUGUAGUAAGACAAGAAGGUUAAAAACUAAUUCAGUACUGUUGGGGUCUGAGUCAAGAUCAUCAAUAAAUGAUAACUCAUCAUUAGACAUAGAUAAGCAAACAUACUCUAAACCUAUUACCAUUAAUAAUCAUCCUAUCCCUUCCAAUUCGGCUUCUUCAAGUAAUGGAAAACGUCGUUUAAGUUAUGCCGCCAUUGCUGCAUCAUUAUCACCUUCAAAUAGUACAGAGACGCCCCAAAAUCGUACAAAUGGUGAUAUGAUGGAAGUGGAUGGUAAUGAAUCUAACAAUAAGAAUAAUAAUGAAACUAUAUCAUCAUUAACUGAAUCUAUGAAUGGUCAUAUAUGGACAAGAAGAUCAAGCAUAACAAAUAAUAAUACUAUAUUCAAGGAAGAUUCUUCUUUAGCAAAUGAUAAUACUAGUAAUAGUAAUCAUACUGCAAACUCAUUAAGACUUGUUAUGCGUUAUGGACAAAAAUUACAAGAAGAAUAUCGCCACGAUACUCGGGAAAAAACAAGAUCUAGUCUCGUGGAAAUAUUUUCAUUAUUAGCUUACCCUGAUCCCUAUUGUAGUCCAGUAGCUUAUUUGAUGAAUAUUUCAAGACGAGAUUCUUUAGCUACAGAAGUAAAUGCUGCUAUCUUGGUCUAAUUCUAUAUAUAUAGCUUUUCAACAUCGACCUGAGAUGCCUGCUUUGGAACGUAUUUAUAGACAGAUUAUACUUUCUAAUAAGGAACUUGCAUGUGAAGGUGAUGGAAAGGCUGCACUGGUUAAUAUGGAUGAUUAUUGUAAAAAUGAUAUUGGGAAAAACGGGGAAUAUUAUAAUAGUCAGAAUACCAUAUAGAAGAUUUAUUAUAAUAAUAACAUAGAGCGAUUUCUAUCUAUCAUAAAUAAAAUAAAAUAAUUGAAUAGAAAAGAA